AAACAAGGAGAGUUCUGGCACAAUGUAAAUCUCCAUAAGCGCAAUGCUAAAGUAUGGGUUCAUUUCAGUGACAAAAACUCACUUUUUGGAUCGGUCUUGAUAGCGGUGUUUUUUUCGAGGUUUGAGGGGUUGUAUAUGUGUGUAGGGGUAGUGGAUGUGUUUUAGGGGGGUUGUGUGUUAAGGGGUAGUAGGUAAAAACAAAUUUCUAAUUUUAGAAUCAUGCUUAGUAACACAAAAGCGGCGUACUUGAUUGCGGUGUUUUUUCGGGGUUGUAUAUGUGUGUAGGGGUAGUAGAUGUCUUUUAGGGGGGUUGUAGAUAAGGGGUAGGUAGGUAAAAACAAAUUUCUAAUUUUAGAAUCAUGCUUAGUAACACAAGCGGCGUACUUCAUAAAAUGUAUAACUUAGUAGUAGUCGUUUGCGGUUGAGAUUUAUUUUUAGAUGUUAUUGCGGUUUUAUAUAUAUAGUUAUUAGAAAUUGCAUGGAAACCAGUCGAGUUCUACUUAUCAACAAACUACGACACACAAUUAAAUUUGUAAAACCAAUAGCGGUUGUUGUUGUUAUUGAAAACCAAUCAGUCAAAAUGGAAAGCGUCUCUAAAAUGAGCACUGAAAUAGUAAAGCAGACCAGGAAACUAGCGACAAUUUUGAAAACUAAAGCUGAAAUCACUACACAUAUUGGUAUUAUUCGAAAAAACAUCAAGUUAGUGGAAAGUUCAAUUAAGGAAAAGGAUGCGUUUCGUAAUGAGAAUUUAAGUAAGUUGGAGAAUAAUUUGGCCAUUUUGCGAUGUUACUUGACAAAGUUUAAAAGGAUGAAAAACAAUUUUACUAAAAAAGUUGGUGCAGGGAUUAAAGCUAGUACUAGUAGUGGUAGUAAUACUGAUAAAUGUAAACUGACGUGGAAAACGGUUGAAAGUGGGUUCAAAAAUAGAUUAAUAACAGGUAUUAUUUCUAAUAUAGAUGUAAAGGAUCCUUUAGUUUUUCUACAGGAUGCAUACAAUUGUUUUUCGCGAAAAAUUAAGGUUAUGUUAAAAAAAUCUAUGCUAAAGGUUAACGCUUAUCUAGCGUGUAAUUUUCUUCAUCCUACAUCUCUGGAAAUCGAUUUAAAAACCUUUGCAACACCAAAUAGCAUUAUUGACGGAGGUGUCAACCUUAAAGAAUGGUAUAAAGAAAAAGUAUUAGAUAAAUUGACUGUAAAGCUAAGUGAAUUUGCAGGUAGAAAUUCAGGUUGGGCUUUACAUGAAGUGCUUUAUUUUAAGGUUAAUAUUAAUUCAUAUAUUCCUUUGAAUGGUGGAGGAUUUUCAACAUUUGUUGAGCUUCCCAAAUUUAUAGCAACUAAACAUGCAGUCAUCAAUGUGCGAAACAAUGAUGAAUAUUGCUUUCUUUGGGCGAUAAUGGCAGCUAUAUAUCCGGUAGCAAUAUCCACAUUUCAGUACAGUUUUAAAUUAUGA